CGGCAACCGCCGACCCGAUGAUUCGCUACCAUACCAGCGGGUCCUGUAUCGUCUGUGCAGUCAGCAAGCAUAUUAAGGCAAGUGGAACUUGCAUUCUAGCCGAAGCAUGCCACCUCCGUCCCUUCACGCUCUAAGACAAUACGCUAUCACUCCCAGUCCAUCAUCGUCCUUCCCGGCCUCUGUUCUCCUCUUCUCCAACCCAUCAUGUAUCGUCAUCUUUGACGCGUAUCCAAAAGCGAAAUACCACUUUUUGGUCCUGCCUCGAUAUCCAUACCAUCUUUCUUCUUCUCAAGCCAGCUCAUCAAAAGUCCAACUUGACCACCUUGACAAUAUCAAAAGUCUACUCAAGGCCCCGAGAGAUGUUCGGAAGGCAGUCCUCGAUUCUAUGGGUGAAACGGCGAGGGAGGUUGAAGAAAUGAUCAAAGAUGAAAUGAUCAAGACGGAGGGAUUCGAAUGGGGAGUCAAUAUGGGAUUUCACUCGAUUCCAUCGAUGAAACACCUUCACCUUCAUGUCAUCUCUGAUGACUUUAUAUCACCCUCCCUCAAGACGAAGCGACAUGUCAACUCCUUUAGGCCGGAUUUGAAGUUUCUCUUACCACUUCAAGAGGUUCAAAUGUGGAUUGAAGAUGAACAGACGUUGUCAAAGCGUAUACAAAGUCUGAAUACCGCCGACGAGAUCCUCAAGAUCCCUCUUGCCUGCCAUCUGUGUGGAGAGAGCUUCCCCAAUAUGCCAGCUAUCAAGUCGCACUACGACCAGGAGUUUGCAAAGCGAAGACGCAAGCGUGGGUCCUAGGCAACCUGACAAGAUACCAGCGAAAUCCCUAGAGUCUCAUGCGAUGUAGCCUUGUCUUGGCU